ACGCUCGUCGCGUUCGCACAUGCGAUAUCCUGGCGGCGGCUUCUCUAGCCGUUUACAAAUUUGAAUAUAUCGCGCGAGUGAGUUGAGUGCUGGAGUAAUUCCACUCGAAACAAAUCACGAUGACUCAAUCAACCAAACUGUUUCGUUUAUUGUUUACUUUAGAAACUUAAUUUUUGUGUGUUUUGUGUGGAGUGCUGGAUUUAAUUAAUUUGGAAACGUGUUGAAACAACGAUGGGAAGAUGAACGUUUGAAAAAUUUGUGCUACGUUGACCACUGCUUGUUAUUUAAUAAGUUGGUUUUGCUCCAAGGGAGCAAAUUUGAUUGUGUUUAAUUUGGGUGCAUUUUAAAAUCGAUGGUGCAGCCUAGCAACAACAAUAACGGAGGCUCCGACAUGGACUCGUUGGAGGACAUGUUGCGGAAGCUCUCCGAGCUCGAGCAACGGGUCCUGGAGGCGGAAGGACGAGCCGAGGAAGCGGAGGAUAAGGUUCGAAUAAUGGAACAGAAGUUAGCGUGGUCGCAGCAGAGUGACGGCAAUACAACGCAACUUGUUCGCUUGGAGACCGAAGUGGAAGAACAGAAGCAGUUGCGCCUGCAAGACGCGCGGCAGGUGGAAGCAAAGACUGCGCGAAUCAAGGAAUGGGUCACCAAUAAGCUCAAAGAGUUGGAGCAGCAGAAUCAGACGCUGCGCGAGCAGAACAUUAAAUGCAAUCAGCAGCUAGAGUUGCUACGCAAUCAUCUCGCGCUCGCCGACCGGCGUAGAUCGGAGAGCUGUUCGCCCGAGCCGAAGACGCUCUCGCACACAUCCUCACCGCACUCGUCCAGACAUCGUCGGCAUCAAUCCGUGUCCACCUUCGAGCCGGCGAUUCCCAGCAAUUUAAUCAAUUCGUAUAUACCAUCCGCCAUGGACCCACUCGCUGAGGACCUACGUGCGGCGGUUGAUAAUCUCAGCUUGGGUGGUCGCGUGCCGAGUAGUGCAUCCGAUUCGGAUCUUGCACAUGAUUACGCUGAGAUUUACACGCCUAGUCGGGAGAAAGCACCGUGGCCACGUGCACCCACGCCUCCUCUGCAUAGAUUCCCCAGCUGGGAGGAUCGUAUCUAUCAAGUUGCUGCUGAUGGACUGACAUUAACUGGAACAACACCGAGUGAUGUUGGUCCUGAACAAGCCGGGUAUCAGGAUAUUCCGGUGCCGGUAUACGCAACGGUUAAGGGGCGGGCGAGUCAGAUUCGGUCGAUGCCGUUCACGGGUGAUUCCAGUGACGAUUCCAGCGAUGGCGAAGGCAAUAACACGACGGCGGUGGAUGGGACACACACGCAUAGUAGAAGUUCGGGUGAAACUUCUGGCUCAAGUCCCGGUAAACGCACCGCGUCCAGCAGCAGUGGUUCGCCAAGUAAAAGCAAAACUAGAGGCGUUUCAGAUACCUCGUUUGAAUCGGGCAUGUCCGAUGACUACGCCGUACCACCGGAUGCCCUUAGCUGCGAUACGACCAGUUUGGAAUCGUCGCUCAUUUUAAGAGCUUCCUCCUAUCUAGAUAGUCCAAAGCGCACGGAGAACUUGGAAAAGAGUGGUUCAUUAGCUAAAUUAGGUGGUAAACUGAAGACUUGGCGAAAGCGCUGGUUUGUUUUAAAACAUGGCGUGCUCACAUAUUACAAAAGCCAGAAUGAUACCAGCCGAAAACCGCAAGGGCAAAUACUCCUCGACGAUAUCUGCAAGAUCACCCGAGCAGAAGGUUCCAACACAUUUGAGAUUGACACUGGUAAAAAGACAUAUUACUUGACUGCUGAUUCAAUUACUGCUGUCGAGGACUGGGUGCGCACCUUACAAAACGUACAACGAAGAAACGCAACCAAGUUACUAUUAAGCCGUGAAGAAAACAAGCCAUCUGUCCAAGGCUGGCUCACGAAGGUCAAGAACGGCCAUCCUAAGAAAUGCUGGUGUGUCUUGAUCGGCAAAAUGUUUUUAUACUUUAAGACUGCUACGGAUGCGACUCCAGCCGGGCAGAUAAACAUGCGUGACGCAAGAGUAGAGGAAGUUGAGCAUUUGUCCGAUUCGGAUUCGGAGGAAAAAGACGGCGAACUGCCUGAUUUUACGAUUGGGAUCGUUCCAACGAAUCAAGGUCCUACAUAUAUCCUUUGUCCUGGUAAACAAGAGAAAGAUUCCUGGCUGUAUCAUUUAACGGUAGCGAGCGGCGGCGGACCGAGCACCGGUACACAAUACGAGCAAUUAAUUCACAAGCUGAUGGAUGUCGACGGCGAUCCGAAUUGCGUCCUAUGGCGACAUCCAGUGCUAUUACACGUGCCUUGCACUAAAGACGGCGCUAUUCCCUCGUACUUUCCAUUAACCACGCUCACGUCCGAAAACCUUCAAACCGAAGCAAUAAAACUCUUCAAGUGUUUGCAAUUAUUCAUGUCGGCGGCCGUCGAUCAAGCCGGCAUCGACUAUCACGUGGUGCUGGCGCAAAACGCGCUUCAGCAAUGCCUCGAUAUGCCUGAGCUGCAGGCCGAGCUCGUAUGUGCGCUUGUCAAACAAACGAGCAAGAGCGCGCCGCUACCCAAACUCGGUGUUCAGGUAUCUACACAAAAAUUGCUUAAGAAAGGUGACAUCAAUAAGAAACACCAAAAUUCUUUUCAGCAACUGCUUCUUUGCGCUACCCAGAGUUUGUUCACUUGCGAGACAACUCCAAGUAUUAAUAGUACCUCUGAUCAACAAAUUGCAUCCUCUAAUAUACAGGCUGUCCAGGAAGAGAAGUACAAGGAGCAUAAGGAGUCACAUCACAAAGAUCACAAAGGCCCGCCGAGCUUUUCGCUCUUGCAGGGCUGGCAGUUGCUGGCUCUGGCCGUCAGUUUGUUCGUGCCUAAAUCGUCGCGGUUGCUUUGGUUUCUCAAGUUGCAUCUGCAGCGCAACGCCGACAAUCGUACCGAAUGCGGCAAAUACGCCGCGUAUUGCGAGCGGGCCCUGGAGAGAACCAUAUUAAUGGGUGGACGCGAACUGAAGCCAUCACGAAUGGAGGUUCUUAGCAUACUGUUGAAGAAUCCGCAACAUCACAGCAUGCCGCAUUCUAUGCCGGUGCACCUGCUCAAUGGCACCUAUCACAUAUCUAGUUUCGAUGGCUCAACGACCAUCAAAGAGUUUCAAGAUAGUUUUGCACACGAAAUUGGCUGUAGAGUAACGAAUGGUUUUGCGUUAUUCAGCGACGAUCCAAUAGAGAAGGAUCUGGAGCAUACGUUGGAUCCAAGCGCAAAAUUAUGCGAUUUGAUCUCGAAGUGGGAAAUCGCAUUACGUGAGAAAGGACUCGGUAAAUUUGAGAAUAGCCGAGUUAUUCGACUGACUUACAAGAAUCGGCUGUGGUGGAAAAAUAGCGCGAAACUGGAGACGGAUAAAGAGCGACUUUUAUUAUGUUAUCAAAUAAACAAGCAAAUCGUAGCUGGAAGGUUCCCACUCAGCCGCGAAUUAGCGCUGGAGUUGGCCUCGCUCAUGGCCCAGUUGGACAUGGGUGAUUGUUCGUUGAACGCACUCAAUACGCACAAGAACACUGCAACGCAGCUCAACGCCAAGAUCGUACAAAGCGCGACCGCCACGUUGGGAACGCAGAGCACAUCGCACAAAGCCGCCAGCGGCCCAAAUCACACUGUACAAACAUCACAUACCUUAAAUGCCUUAAAUAAUGUUCACAACAUUCUAACGGCGCAUUCGAAUCAAACGCUUAGUGCAAUCGACAAGUUUUAUCCAUAUCGCUAUCGCGAUCAAUUAUCGCAAGAAGGCCUCACCGAGCUCCAGGGCAAACUACUCGACAAAUGGAGGAGUUUAAAGGGACGAACUCAAUUAGACUGCGUGCGGAUAUACCUCACAUGCACUAGAAAAUGGCCAUACUUUGGAGCAACCCUCUUUCAGGCAAAAUUACGACAGCCAGAUGCUCCAAUGAUAUGGUUAGCUGUGAACGAAGAUGCAAUAACCGUGUUGGAGCUGGCGAACAUGCAACAGCGCGUCCGAUACGCCUACACUAACGUGCUCACUUUCGGCGGCUGCCAGGAAGACUUUAUGUUAGUCGUUACUCAAAACGAUCAACAACCUUCUCAGAAACUGAUCUUUUCCCUAAGCAAACCGAAAAUCUUAGAGUUAACAUUACUAAUCGCCGAUUAUAUGAAUCUCUUAAUUAAUAAUCCUGGUACGCCGCUAUUGGGCACGUUAAGUCGCGGUACAAUGGUUUCCGUCACGCAGUCGAUGGUUAACAACACCAUCACAAAUCAGCAGCCGGACAUUCUCAAGUCCACGCCUGACCACGGCGUCCAGCGCACCGAUUCAAAGCGGCGCACGCACGUCGAUUCAGGCCUGGCAUGAUGACGCCCGUGAUGAUGAGAAUGCGGCUAUGUUUUUUUCUCACUAGUCUUGCAACAAUACUAAUUUUUUGCUAAUUUAUUUUUUAAUACGUGCCGCUUGAAAUCGUUUCUCAUGUGCCACUCAUUACGUUUGAUUCGUUUCAUUAGUGUACAUAGCGUUCGAAUGCAAAUAUUGCCAAUAUUUUUAAACGGAACUAAUUUUUACUUGUAUGUGAAACUAGUCUAUCUGUAUUUUGCAUAAUUUGCGUGCGUGGCAGUUACCAAGAGAUUAAUUUUUGUACUAGAACAAUUUUUUACAUCUUUCAGUUUCGAGGAUAUGAUGUGUAUAUUUUCCAAUGUAGGUUAAAUACGUAUUAAUCAUUGAUAAAAAUAGUUUCAUCAAUAGGUAACAAAUAUAUAAAUUAUUCACAA